AUAGCUGCCAUACAGGGAAGUGGAUACCACUUCCUGCCCCGUAAAUCGCAGUAAUACCCAGCACGGUGUCCAUCGUAGCUGAAAUGUGCUGUUAGGACAGGGGAACAUAGGUGCCGUUUUGUUGUUAGGAAUAAACAUCGAUUCGUCAAAGUGCAAAAGUACGUCUCGGCUGACCACUCAGUUGCUCAACACUAACGCGCUAGCAAAACAAAAAGGCUAGCAGGCUAGCUAUCUAUGCCGAUAGCUUGAUAGGUAGCAGCAGCGGAUCAGAUAUUAGAUACUGUAGUUUUGCGAUCUACAAUGUUCCCAACACGGGCCAGCAGCUAGGUUCGCGUCUGAUGAAGCUUUUCGCGGGGGAUCUUACAACUUCUAAAACUUGGAGGAGACGUCGGACCAAGGCAGAAAAAUGAAGAAACAGUUCAAUCGCAUGAAACAACUCGCCAACCAAACAGUAGGGAGGGCCGAGAAAACAGAAGUCCUCAGCGAUGACCUUCUACAGAUCGAGCGGCGGAUGGAGGCGGUGCGGCUGGUCUCUCACAAUACGCACAAGCGGAUGGUGUCAUGCCUGCAGGGCCACAUCGGCACGGACGGGGAGAAGAGACACAAAAAACUCCCACUGACAGCACUGUCGCAGACCAUGCAGGAUGGCGGCUCUCAGCUAGGGGAGGAGUCUCUGAUUGGUAAGAUGAUGGAGGUUUGUGGAGAGGCAGAGAACCGGCUGGCCAGUGAGCUGAUGCAGCACGAGGUCCAGAUUGAGAGGGACAUCCUGGACCCUCUGAACCAGCUGGCAGAGGUGGACAUCCCCAACAUUUUAAAACAGAGGAAACAGCUUGCCAAACUGGUGCUGGACUAUGACUCUGCAAAGACCAGGUAUUUCCAGGCAACCAAGUCAGUUGUCUCUGCAACAAACAACCAGGCACUGACAGCCAAGGUGGACUCCCUCAAGGAGGAGAUGGACGAAGCCCUGAACAAAGUGGAGAUAUGCAAGGACCAGCUGGCUGCCGACAUGUACAAUUUCUGCUCUAAAGAGGGGGAGUACGCUCGCUAUUUUGUAAUAUUACUGGAAGCCCAGGCCGAUUACCACAAGCGAUCUCUCGCCGCUUUAGAGGACCUCCUGCCAAACAUAAAAGCACAGCAAGACUCCUGGACAGAGAAGCCGGCCUUUGGGACUGCCCUGGAUGAGCACCUGAAGCGCAGCAAUCGCGAGAUUGCCCUGCCCAUCGAGGCCUGCGUCAUGAUGCUGCUGGAGACGGGCAUGAAAGAGGAGGGUCUGUUCCGAAUCGCCGCGGGAGCCUCAAAGCUGAAGAAGCUGAAGGCGGCACUGGAUUGCUCCACCUCCCAGCUGGAGGAGUUCUAUUCUGACCCCCACGCUGUAGCUGGAGCCCUAAAGUCCUACCUGAGAGAGCUACCGGAGCCGCUCCUGACCUUCCAGCUGUACGAUGAGUGGAUACAGGCAUCCAGUGUCCCGGAUCCUGACAAGAAGCUGCAGGCGCUCUGGGUGACGUGUGACAACUUGCCAAAGAGCAACAAAGCAAACUUAAGGUACCUGGUGAAGUUUUUGGCGAAGCUGGCCCAGGAAAGCGAGGUCAACAAGAUGACCCCGAGCAACAUCGCCAUCGUUCUGGGGCCAAACCUGCUCUGGGCCAAAACUGAGGGGACUCUUGCUGAGAUGGCAGCGGCGACCUCGGUCCAUGUGGUGACCAUCAUAGAGCCGAUCAUCCAGCACGCUGACUGGUUCUUCCCGGGGGAUAUGGACUUCAACGUGUCAGGCAUGUUCGCCAUGCCCACGGCCCCAGCAAACCAGACCAGCUACCUGAGCGGGACAGACUCAGACUCGGGAACCAUCGACCGGAGGAGGCCCGGCAGUAUGGUGGGACCGGAGGGCGAGAGCCGAAAAGAGAGCGCCCCCCGCGACCCCUCAUCCACCCCACCGCCCCAGCGGAACGGGGGGCUGGGCCUGCAGAAGGACACGCCUGGCUCAACACCCGGGUCGGGUCAGCUGGGCACAGGGACCCCGCAGGGCGGCUCCAGGGGCCCCAGCCCCCACCUGGUGCGCAGAGGAACAAAGAAGCCUGCCCCUGCCCCGCCUAAACCAGCCAACCCCCCUCCAGCACAGCCUGGCAGUCAGACAGCCCCUUCCCCAGGAGUAGCCUCGCCCCUUGCCCCAUCCCCCAAACCAUCUGGUCACGCCCACCCAGGUCAGAGCGCGACCCUGCCCACGCACCGCCGCCACUCUAGCCACCACUCACCAAUCCAAGCCCCCAAUCACCCGCCUCCACAGCCACCCCCUCAGAUGGCCCCGCCUCCCCUCAUGAAACCCUUCAGCCAGACAGCGGUGGAGUCAGGGACUGACCACUCCCCUCCCAGAACCCCCACACCCCCGGACACGCCUCCACCCCCCGCGGUACUGCUUGAAAGCCCCCACACCCCAGGCCUCUCCCCCUUCAAUUCGGGAUCGCUGCCCCGCCCGAGGCCCGUGCCCAGACCCCGAAACCGCCCCAGUGUGCCCCCGCCCCCACAGCCACCCACCACAGGUGGUGACAGCGCCAACGGUGUCUGUGGCUCCGCCCCCAGGAUCAUUGCCGAUUCGGGCGUGGUUCUGAAGGGGUUGAGCCGUGCCUUGAUCCCGGUGAUCAAUGUGGAGCAGCUGGCUGGGGGCCCGGCCGGCCAGGACCACUCCCUCUCCCCACCCCAGGACCCUGAAAUCGACUCAGAGAGCACCGCCCUGUGAGAGACAGAGGAAGCCCGUCUUCACCUCUGUGUGGUCUCCUGGACAACCAAACACACCGGACUGCCAUCCCCCCCACCUCCAGCCUCCAUUCCCUCCAAUCCCACACCUAGCACAACCCAGUCCCGCCUUCUCAUCUCAAACCCCACCUUCCUCUAAGCCCUGAAUGUACAGAAAUGAUCCAUCAGCUGAUCUACAGCGCCAUGAGAUCCAGACAGUCAAACAGGACAGGGUUUCCAUUCAACUCUGCUCGGAGGAGCCUUAUUACUGCUUAUUAUUAUGUGGUCAGUCUGCUACAUGGAAUCUACAACCAAACCUGCUCAGUACAUAUAUUAUGGGGUAUCAUCCCAUGGUUUCUGUUGGUGAUGGGGGCGGGGCAGUUGGGGUACUGUAGAUUUGCAAACAGCUUACAUUUUUUAUAAUUAUUUGUUAUACUACUCAAGGUGUUUGGGGUGGUAUUUUUAAUAUGAUUUUUUUUUUGUAAGGAAAUCACUUUUUUUCAAGAAAACAUUCCUUUUUUUAUAUAACUGAUAUUUAAAGAACACAUGCUGUAAGCGGCGGAGAGAAGCGGAGGGGGAAGCUACAACCGAACCAAAGGAACGCAUGACUGUUGAGUGACGUAGCGGGGGACUGCAGGCUUGGUUUCCGCGCGUCCACUCUCGCUACUGCCUGGAAACGAUGCCCUCUCCUCGCACCUCUCCGGCCACCCGCAUACACACAUUCCCUUUGAAUCCGUGGGUUCAAACUCAAAGCUCAUCGUUUUUCUCCCCUCAGUUCCCGCUUCAUGCACACGUGCGUGAUUGAUGCCGCUUCAGUGAAUGAUGGUGGUUACUCACAGGCGAUUGGCUAAAGAAUUGUGUCAGAAUCACGAGAAUAAAGGACGUGAUGAGAGAAGGCUGUUAACGUGAGAUGUUUAAAGGAGUUAAAACACUCUCGGAACAAAACUGUACUUAUACCGAUUACUGUUAUUGAUACACUGCUGGACUGAAACUCUGUUAAGGUCUUGGUCAUGGGGAGAAUGACCGCUAUAAAUCACGACUGUUGUAAUACAUUCUGUACUAACAGUCACACCACAGAGCGUUUCUAUUAUUCAGCACACCCUUUAGUCAAUUCCUUCCAAGUACUUCAUGGUGGUCAGCAUUUGUGUGAGCUCCAGUUAGCGUUUUUUUUCCCAUCACCAAAACGCCAUCGUAACUCGACAAUUUCCAUGCCAUUGUCCUUGGUGUGACCAGGGUUUUUCAGUCUACCAUAGUCUUCUCAGAAGCUCACAGCCCUACAGGAGACGACUGUAAGGUUACAUAUGGUGUCAGGUCCACAUUGUAUUUUUGUGAACAUUUUUCCCCAAAUUCAAACACGUACUCCAUUUUUACAAAUUUAAUUGCCAAAACUGCAUAAAAUUUAAGUAAAUGCGGCAUGUCGUUUACAUAAAACACCUCUCACUUGUUUUUUCUUCAGUUGUAGUGGUAAAAGUGUUAAAAGGGCAUGUAUACCGGUAAAAAAAGCGGGUGCCGGGCUCCUUUCAUCCGCGCAUCCAUGCAGCCUUUUCUGUCGCCGUUACCACGGAGCGUCGGUGAGCAGAGCCUGAGUUGUACCGCAAGGCUAAAUCUGCUGCUUGAAUACCUACAUAGGGAUGGUUGUACAUUUGCUUCUAAGUUAUUGUGAUGGCAGUCGUCUCCCUUUUCAUGCUGUGCCUUUCCCUCGGAUGAAGUGGACCUCUCGCAGGAUCACUGUCCUGCCUUACGCCGCGCACACGGGCGGUCCUUUCUGCGGAGCGGCUGUGCGCGCGAACUUCGAGGCUGUGUUUGAAGCUCAGCUGGCUUUUCUACUCCGUAUAAAAUGUAUAUCUUUCAACAAAUGUAAAAUUCUUGUUUUAUGUACUCACAUCUCAGAAUAAAAAUUAAAACAGGGGAAAAAGU